UCAUUUGAAAGAUCAUGAAAAAUAAAAAAUGUUGAUAUAAAUUUUAUAAAAAUCGGAUCAACUAAUUUGCUCUACCCGAAACCUGCUUUGAAUUCAUCCGAGAUCUUCACAUUUUGCUCUACAGAAAUCUUAAUUUGAUACACCCAAGAUUUCGCUCUACCGAAAUCUGCACUUUCAAAGUUGCCCGAAAUCCUUUCUUCGAAGUUCACCCGAAUUCUUGAAAAAGGAAAUACCCGAGAUUUGAAACUAAGCUUCUUCCGAAAUUCCACUUUGCUGCUUCAACAAUCUACGUGUCUUGCUUCACCAGAUUUUCAAUUCAAGGGGCGCCACUUACAAUAUCACCUCACCAAACCCACACUACAGAAUUUCUAUCCCUCCCAUAAUCCCUUUUCCAAAAUCUACCUACGUGAUAUCCUUGCCCAAUUUCCCCACACCCACUACCCAAAACCACCUGGUAACAAGCCAUCUUAUUCCAGCCUGUAAUCAAGGAUUCGCAAAACACCCGAGAUCAGGAAAAUUUCACUUGCCCGAAAUCAUUAUUUUGAUGUGCCGAGAUCUUUAAUUCGAAAACAGUACGAAAUCUUUAAUCCUCCGAAAUCUAUACUUCGUAUCUGCUCAAGUUUCAGAAUUCAUAAGCUUACCCGAAGUUUCUCAAAAUCGAGUAUAACCAUAUUUUAAAAGAUUUCGAGCAUUACAUUUUGAAAAUUUCGAAGCAUAAAUUUCGUGCCACAGGAUCUCCGGCCUCACUUCUUCAAGCUUCACCUAAAAUUAAAAUUGUUUGAGCCUCACCCAUGAUCAUAAUCUCCGGCCCUUCUUAAUCCGAACAGUUCUCGCCCCACGAUCAAUCAACAAUCAAUGAUGAGUUCCUACUCCAACACAUCAAUGCUCUCUAGCAACGGAUCAACCAUUGUAUCUAACAAGUUCCAAGGACUCAAAUCAUAUUUAAACCUAUUAGCAAUUGCCCCCUAUUCCCUAUGCCGGUGAUACAGAUCCGCGGCGUCGGCGUCACUGUAGGCCAGAUCUUUAGCGGUAGAGGCCGGAUCUUUAGCGCCGGCGGCCGACGUGGCCAUAUCUGGUCAGAUGUACGGUGGUGGUUCAUGGCACGAUGUGCAAUGUCGGUGACGCCCAGAUCUGACAAGACGUACGGAGGCGGCAGCCAGAUGUGUAGCGUCGGCUGCCAACGGUCAACAACGAUGUUCGGCUGCCUUAAGUUUUGUCAAGCUUCAAGGGGUACAAAAAUGGGCCGUUCGGAAUUGGUCAAGGAUGAUCAUAAUGGGUUUACGAUGAGAAGAGGGGGCACUCCUAUCCUCCUAGAACACAAGGCGUUGGUGAAGGGCAGCGGCGAGGAGUACCGGAGGGCGAAAAUGGAAGGAAGGAAGAUAAGGGGGAGGGGAAGAGGAAGAAAGAAACGGAGGAGGAGGAAUAAUGCAACUCCUCCCAUUAUUACCGCUCAUACGGAUGAUGAUAGCCAUGCUGCAGCAGCAGCAGCAAUACACAGUUCAUCAUCACUGGCUUUCACUGAUGAUUAUCACUUGCCCAGGGCACACCCUCCUAAGAAUAAUUGAUCCAAGACUCAUCCAUAUAUAUAAUUGAUGAUGAUCCAUCAAAUCAAUAACAAAGUUAACAUUCAUGUAUAAGCAUGAUUCGCUCACCCGCCCGCCCCAUAUAUAUGCAUGCAUAGUGUGUAGGAAAAUGCUUUGGAAGGGAAAAAUCACGUACGUAGCUUUAGUGCUCAAAGCAUAAUGGAGCUCAAAUGUACUUACUGCGGGCUUUAGAGCAUCUCCAAUGCAAAAAUGUGAACUGUGCAUACGUGGCAUAAGAAUUAGC